AUGAACCGUCACGCCACUGGUACUGCAGAGGAAAAGGCUGUUAAAGUCCGCCAGCGCCGCGCGCAUACGCGGAGCCGGGCGGGUUGUGCCGAGUGUCGUACUCGGCGGGUGAGAUGUGGCGAGCAGCGUCCCACAUGUUUGAACUGUGUUAAGAGUAAGAGAGUAUGCGAGUAUCCGCCUGCCAAGAUUCCCCUGAGGGAGCGGAGGGCUCUGGAGCGUGGUGGGGAGGCUCAGCCGUGGGAACAGUCGCCGUGGGAUAUUUCCAAGGGCUCUAAACGGCCUGGGGUGUCUAGCUCGGAUACCUUGGCUCGGCAGCUUGUUCUAUCUGGUUCUACCAAGACGUUCAAUGUGGCUAUCGACAUGCCCCUCAGAUCACAAGAGCUGUUCCAUUAUUUCUUCGAAUCGGGUCAGAAAUUUGGCGCAUAUCCAGACCGAGCCAAAGACAGUUUGAGGUAUAUCAUCUCAGACCCUGAUGCGCUUCGAACUGCAGUUCUCAUCGCUGGAACACAUUUUGCAUUCAAUGUCGGCGGUCUUCAAGCCUUUGAGCCAACAUUUUUGUUCCAUAAGAUCGAGACGCUGCGUAGGGUGAAGGAGUGGGUUUCUGGGGGAGAUCCCAAGUUGAUUGCAAGUAUCACUAAACAAAUCGCUACAUUGGCUUAUACAGAGGUUUGCCGUGGUGACAUAUUGAUGGCCGAGACACAUUUGACCGUUAUCUAUUCUGUUUCGAAUAAAAACAAAGAUGAAAUGAUUGCCAAGCGCAAAACUCUUGAUCAAGAACUCUCGGAUCGAUACUUCCUCCUAACAUCUACUUUCAUCCACGGUCUAAAAGCUAUUCUCAAAGCAGUUCGUCGCUACUCCGGUUUUCCUGCCCAAAUGGACGACCUCGAUGCUUCUAAUACCAUCGGCCUUAUUCACAGAUGGCAUAUGACCGAGGGCCAACACUCGCAAUACCUCAAGCUCAAAGCUCUUCGGCUGUUCCCCGCCUUCUUCGCUACACCGCACAGUGGCGCGACGUUACUUGACGUGGACAGCCAAUAUGUCAUUGGGGAUCUUCGACUAGCUACCCAGCGGUUUGGGGUAGAUGAGUAUAGGAAGUACACAAAAGAUUCGCAUUUUAUGGAGGAUGAGUUUUGGCUGCAGAAUGAUGCGUCGGUAUUCUACGACAAGAUCAUCAUGGAGCAUCUGCAUUCUAUAUCAUACCCCGACUCUGAUCAUUCCGAAUCCAGCACCACUGACGAUACUGACGACAAGACUUCGUGGUGUGCAUUGAUAGUUGGAUCACAGCUAUACAUCGAACAAGUCCUGCCCCUCUGGCACCCCUUCAAGAAGGAGAUAUAUCUCUACAGCUUACGCAUCCUGCAGCGCGAGGUCGACUACGCCCUGCGGACACCGCAAACGGCUUACCAGGCGGAUUUGACGUUCUGGGAAUCAUUUCUGGGCUUGAUGAGUAUCUACGCACACGAGAAAAAAGGAGAGUUGGAUGGCGAGCCUGGUUUCCGGCCGUUUUUCGAAAGGACUGUGCGGGAGCAAAGUAAAUCCUCGGGGCUUCGCACGUGGGCUGAUGCGAGGGCGGCUUUGGCGAGGGUUACCUGGUCUACUGCGUAUGCUGGGGAUGGGUAUGUUAGGUGGAUAUGGGAGGCGGCUAUGAUGGAGGAGGUUGUUUCUGAUGUGGGGUCGUGUUGA